AUGCAGGAGAGUAUACGAGAAAGGGACAGCAAUGGCUCCUAUGCCCUGUGCCUACUGAGUGAUGGAAAAGUACUGCACUAUCGUAUUGACAGAGAUAAGACAGGAAAGCUCUCCAUACCAGAUGGAAAAAGAUUUGACACCCUGUGGCAGUUAGUUGAACAUUAUUCAUACAAACCAGAUGGAUUAUUGAGGGUUCUUACCAUUCCUUGUCCACAACAUGCCUCAGAAAAUGAUACUCUUGGUUUUAAUACUCAGCCUUCUUCUGGAACACUCCCUAAGAGUUGGGCAGGAGGUGGAAUUAUCUCGAGACUCAAAUCGUACACCUUUCCAAAGGCUGGCAGCAAAAAGCUUCAGUCAACUAUCGGCCACCCACCAGAAGAAGCACCUUUUAAUCCUUAUGUGCUGCAAAGGAACAGAGGUCUUACAGGAGCAGAAAGAGGUGAUCAGAGAGAGGCCUUACCCAUGGAUACUGAGGUCUAUGAAAGUCCAUAUGCCGAUCCAGAUGAAAUUAAACCAAAAAAUGUCACUCUUGACAGGAAAUUGUUGACUUUGGAGGAAGGUGAACUUGGCUCUGGCAAUUUUGGUACUGUAAAGAAAGGGUUCUAUAAAAUGAAAAAGGGUGCCAAGCCUGUGGCUGUAAAAAUUCUGAAGAAUGAGAGUAAUGAUCCAGCCAUAAAGGAUGAAUUACUGAGAGAAGCAAAUGUAAUGCAGCAACUGGAUAAUCCAUAUAUUGUCCGAAUGAUAGGUAUAUGUGAAGCUGAGGCCUGGAUGUUAGUAAUGGAAAUGGCUGAACUUGGGCCAUUGAACAAAUUUUUGCAAAAAAAUAGACAUGUCACAGAGAAGAAUAUAACAGAGCUGGUGCAUCAGGUUUCCAUGGGGAUGAAAUACCUGGAGGAGAAUAAUUUUGUUCAUAGGGAUCUGGCUGCAAGAAAUGUGCUGUUAGUCACCCAACAUUAUGCCAAAAUUAGUGACUUUGGACUUUCUAAAGCUCUUAGUGCUGAUGAAAAUUAUUACAAGGCACAAAGUCAUGGGAAAUGGCCAGUCAAAUGGUAUGCUCCAGAAUGCAUGAAUUUCUACAAAUUUUCUAGCAAAAGUGAUGUCUGGAGCUUUGGGGUUUUAAUGUGGGAAGCUUUCUCUUAUGGACAAAAGCCAUAUAAGGGAAUGAAAGGUGGUGAAGUUGCACAGAUGAUUGAAAGAGGAGAACGAAUGGAACGUCCUGAAGUCUGCCCAACAGAAGUCUAUAGUCUAAUGAAAUUGUGUUGGACAUACAAUGUUGACGACCGACCAGGAUUUGUUGCAGUCGAGAUGAGAUUACGUAACUACUAUUAUGACAUUUCCCACUAACAGCAUGGAGAACAGCAGCUUCCUUCUCUCCAGCCAGCACCCUCUAAAAAGCAGCUCGUUUUCCAAAGCCAAGCAGCCUUGAUUUUUUACUUCCAUUUUCAACCUGCAAAGCUGAUAGCUGAGCCUUGUGUCUGUAAGGUUGCCUUUUCUUACCUUCUACACAAAAUCCAGCCCCAGAAGAGUACUGGAAGUGUAAGAGUCUCAAAGUGCACAGCAAGGA